CGCCUCCAUACAGCUAAAGCCUCCCGAUUUCGCUUCAGAGAAAAAGAUACAAAUUCUCUAUCGAUUUGCAGCAAUUUUUAUUUUUAUUUAGUUUUUUUGGUGUAAAAAAUUAAGAUAGUAGCAAAAUUAAUAUCUUGACAGGGGCAUUUGAAUAGAGUUCAUUUGUGUUUUCUGCUGUUCAAUACAAGAAAUGGGAUCUAAUCUGAAUUUCAAGAAUUUUGGUGAAGCUUCAAGUAUGGAAGGAAACGGAUCAAAGGCAAUGGACAGUUUCCCAUUGGCUAGGCUGUCAUCGAUAUACUCGUUGACCUUCGAUGAGCUGCAGAGCACAUUCGGUGAACUCGGCAAGGACUUUGGAUCGAUGAACAUGGAUGACCUCUUGCGAAACAUAUCUACUUCUGGAGAGAUUCAGGCUGUGGUGACAGCCUCGGUUCCUGGAGGAGAAGUUGGUGUUUCUGGUGGUAAUUUGCAGAGGCAAGGUUCAUUGACAUUGCCGAGGACUCUGAGUCAGAAAACGGUCGAAGAAGUAUGGAAAAACUUAUUUCAGGAAAAUGAUGGUGCUGAAAAUACAAGUAAUGGUGGUGGUGCUGGUAUCGGUGGGGCCAAUCUGCCGCAGAGGCAACAAACAUUGGGAGAGAUAACUUUGGAGGAGUUCUUGGCGAGGGCAGGUGUAGUCAGAGAAGAUAUCCAACAAAUUGGAAUGCCAAAUAACACUGGAUUCUUUAAUAACAACUCUGGUUUAGCUCUUGGGUUUCAACAGGCAGACAGAAACAAUGGUUUUUUGAGUAACAAUAACUCUAUUCUUAAUCAGCCUCCGAUUUUACCAUUAGACAUUCGUGGAGCCAAAUCAUCACACUCUAAGCAGCAGCAACAACCACAACCUAUAUUUCCCAAGCAACAAACGGUUGCAUUUGGUCCAUCUAUGCACUUGAUAAGCCCUACACAGUUAGCUAGCCCUGGGGCUCGGGGUUCGGUUAUUGGAACCAGUGACCGUUCAAUGAAUACUAAUCUAGUUCAGACUACUGGGCUGCAGAGUGGUGGGAUGGGAAUAGUUGGUUUAGCAUCUCCUGCAAACCAUAUAUCUUCAGAUGUGAUUUCGAGCAACAGCAUAGACGCCUCUUCUUUAUCACCUGUCUCUUAUGUACUUGGCCGGGGAAGAAAACGCAGCGCUGCUUUGGAGAAAGUAGUUGACAAAAGGCUAAGGAGAAUGAUUAAGAACAGAGAGUCUGCUGCUAGAUCACGAGAUCGCAAGCAGGCUUAUACAUUGGAACUUGAAGCUGAAGUUGCACAACUUAAAGAAAUGAACCAAGAAUUGCGGAGGAAGCAGGAAAAAGUUAUGGAAAUGCAGAAAAAUCAGAUGAUAGAAAAACUGAACCGGCCAUGGGGAAGUAGACGACAAAGCUUGAGGAGGACACUGACUGGCCCGUGGUAGAGUUGAGGAAUUGCUGAUGGUAGAAACGUUGCUUUGAUAAAUAAUCUUGGCCGGUGCUAUGAUUCAACGGUUGUAGCCUGCGUCUAAUAUCUAUAUCUUCAUACUGCAUAGGGGCUAGAUAGAUGUACAUAUAGGAACAAAGGGUUUUGAGUUGCAAGUUACGAACUUUGCAGCAUUAGUUCCACUUUGUAGAUUAGAUUUUCUUAUUGGCUUGAUCUAUGUUUGCCCAUCAUGAUUUAACCUUGACGACAAAGGCAGGCUUGUAGGAUAAUUAUAGAUGUAUGCUCCAAUAUGUUUUUGUUCAAUCUACCCAAUGACUUGGUUGGUCUCUAAAUCUUCAUACGAUUUGACUUGUAAAAUUAAAACAUAUCUCAAUCUAUUUGCAUGUUGUUAGAAAUAAGCUAUUGAUUGAGUUUC